GUUUGUCAUGCGUGCGUGUGUGUGUGCGUGCGUGUUUGUGUGUCGUAUAAAUUGUGGCGACCAGCGAAAAUAAAUAAAUAAAUGCACAUUGCGACCGACGGUGAGCCGUGCGUGCAGCCAGAUGGUGCAGUUGGAUGACCCUAAAAAGCAGAUUGACCCCGCGCACAACGCCAACCAACAGGCAAACAACAACAACAACAAUAGGAACGACAGCAGCUACAAAAACAAGAGCAACGGCGAUCGCUGGCACACACACGCACACACAGGUAAUCCGAACGAACAGAAUAGAUCGCGCACGCACAUAGCAUAUAAAUAUAACGGUAGCGCCCAGACAGGAAGUAGCGAAUAAUUGAAUAUUCCAGCGACGUACAGCAGCGGUCACGAGGGGAGUCACUGCUCUGGUGGUGGAUCGGAAUAAUGGCCACGGGCGGCGCCGGCGGCGGCGGUUUGGGAGGACUGGGAGGAGCAGGUUCCGCCGGAAAUGCUGACCACCACAAGCGCAACACCUUUACCAGCUAUGUGGCACCGCUUCCCGGCGAUAUGCGCGCCACAGCGGACACGAAUGAAUGGUGCCUGCCCAGCGAUUUGCGGGACGUCCACCUGGCCAAGCCCCGCCUGCUGCAGGGCGAGCAAAUUGUCGCCUCGGCCCCGGCCUACAUGUACUCGUCCAUCGAUCCCAUGGACAGUGGCAGUGGGAGCUCCUCUUCUCCAGCGGAUGGCAAAUCGCACAAGGAGGCCACCUUUGGCCUGCUGAGCGUCACCAAUUUCAAGCUGGCCUUUGUACCGCUGCACGCCAAGCGUAAUCCUGCCGCACCGCUGGGCGAUCUCUACCAGGAGAACGCCUACUUGGGCCGCAACGAGAUCACGCUGAACAACAUCGAUCAUAUCUACACCAUUGCAGAGCUGGGACGGGCGGCCAGUGCGCUGCAGGCGGCGCGCGGCAUGGCCAGUCACGGGAUGGCCAGUCAUGGCAGCCGGCGAAAGAAACUGGAGCCCUUCAAGCAGCAGAACAUCAGCGGCCGGAUUGCCGCCCUGCAUAUUGUGUGUAAGAACUUUCGGUUGCUAAAAUUCGCCUUCCAGCAGCAGGACUCGAAGAUGUUCGGAGCCAGUGAUCAGGGCAAGUUGAUAGCCUCGGCAUUGGUCCGCUUUGCCUAUCCCAUGCGGCAUGAUCUGAGCUUUGCCUAUGCCCACAAAGAGCAAUACUAUUCCACGCUGGGUGCCUCCGGAACCAGCAUGUAUGCGACGAAGAACGACUGGGCCAGGGAGCUGAUCCGCUGCGGCGCCACCGAGUGGCAGGUGGUGAGCAGUGCCAGUGUCCAGUUGCUGCAGAACCCGCUUCAGGCGGGCAAGUACACCGUGCCGCCGCAUUUCGUCAUACCGAAGAGCUGUGGCGUGGAUCGCUUCCUGGAUUUGUCGCGCGCCUUUUGCGAUUCACGAGCUGCCUUUUGGGUCUAUAGCUAUGGCGGUAGUGCCGCCCUGGUGAGAUUAGCUGAACUGCAGCCGGCUGCGCAGCAGGACACAAAGUCGGAGAAUGUGAUGCUGGAGCUGGUGCGCAAGUGUGAUGUGGGGCGGCAGCUCAACCUGCUGCAGCUGACGGACCGCCUGCCGAACAUCCAGGAUGUGCUUAGGGCCUACCAGAAACUGAGGCGCCUGUGCACACCGGAAACGCCGGAGAAGUUCAUGCUGCAGGAUGACAAGUACCUGGGAUUACUCGAAAAGACCAAUUGGCUGUUCUAUGUGUCGUUGUGCCUACGCUAUGCUAGUGAAGCGGCCGCCACUCUUCGCAGCGGCGUCACCUGUGUCCUCCAGGAGUCGAAUGGUCGUGACCUGUGCUGUGUGAUCAGCAGUCUGGCGCAACUACUCCUCGAUCCGCACUUCCGAACUAUUGAUGGCUUCCAGUCGCUGGUGCAGAAGGAGUGGGUGGCCUUGGAGCAUCCGUUCCAGCGGCGCCUGGGCCACGUCUAUCCCGCCCAACCUGCCGGCGGCAAUGCCGAGCUGCUGGAGAGCGAACAGAGCCCGGUGUUCCUGCUCUACCUCGACUGCGUGUGGCAGCUGCUGCAGCAGUUCACCGAUGAGUUUGAGUUCACGCAGACGUACCUGACCACGCUGUGGGACGCCUGCUUCAUGCCCAUCUUCGAUACCUUCCAGUUUGACACGCAGGCGCAGCGCUUGAAGGCAGUGCGGGACUCCCAGCUGGUACUCCGGCCCGUUUGGGAUUGGGGCGAGCAGUUCUCGGACAAGGACAAGAUGUUCUUCAGCAAUCCGCUGUACCAGCGCCAAAGGGGAGAUCUCGGCGCCCAAGCGGCGGCGGCCGCUCAUCGUAGAUCUCUGGCGGUGGGCAGUAAGGGAGCCCACGGCACUGGCCUUGGAUCCACGCCCUCCAGGAACACCAUCAAUCCGCAACUGUUCGCGACGGCUUCCUCGGUGCCGCAGGAUCGAUUCCUGCAGCCGGCUCACAGGAUCUUUGACCUGCAGGUGUGGGAUCAGUGCUACUAUCGUUGGCUGCCCGUGCUGGACAUUCGCGGCGGUGGGCAGCCGCAGGUGGAUCUCUUCCAUCGCCUGCUGCUGAGCAACAUUGCGAAGGUGCAGCGCUGCAUAGAGUUCCAGAACUUCGACGAUCUGCCGGAAGCCUUCUACGAGGCCACCGGCGAAUCGCGACCCAAUCAGCAGAGGGACGAGAAGCCGGACAAGGAGGAUGAGGCUGAGUUUGUGGAUGGCGUCGAGCGCCGUCGGAAGACGACGACGAAGGCAGCCACGCCCACAAACGGACUAAACUCGGUGAGCGGGAAUUUGCAGCUAUCGACGCUAUCGUCGUUCUUUCCCUUUGGAAACCCCAUCGCCGGCGAUGCACCACAUCAACUAUACGAUAUCCUGAGCAGCAGCAGCGAGCUCCUAAUGGAGACCUCUUCCUUCCUGGACAAGUCAUCCAUUGUCUGAUCCAUACACUCGUUCCACUUGUUUACUUUCAACGCUGAACUUUCGAAGUAUUACAAAAAGAAAACAUUUUAAAAAAACACUGAGAAAUUUGCCUUUCACAUACAUGGCAUAUCGCUAUUAACACUUUUGAUUAUUGUUAACUAAUAAGCAAGUUAUGGUAUAAGUUUUUUUUAUUUCGUUUUACUACCACUAAACUGCAACACGCUGAAUAACAAACAGAGUAACAUUGACUAAAUAAUAAUAAAUGUAACGACAAGCAAUCGAUGAGAAACGAAUUCAAACAACAAAUCAACAAAAAACGAAGCGUAAAAAAAAACACCAACUAAAUCAAUAUGUAUUAUAUUGUUUGUAACUGAAUAUAUGAA